AUUUGUGACCUAUAAUUUAAUCAUGCAAUAAGUUUUACAAAAGAAAAACGUACAGCAAACUACAACCUGCGACAUGCAACUGGUCCUAGGUCGGAGUCCCAAAUCGCUGCCACUUGUAAACGAAUACGGCCUAACAAGUCGAAUUGGUUAUUGUUUCUUAUUGAAUACAAUUUCCUACAAGUAUAGGCCUAUUGGACUUUUAGGGCCUGUUGGACGUUUUGGGCCUUCUUUGAGUCUGAGUACUUAUUCCUGUUGCCAAACACCUCUUAUUCGUUCUUGGUCUAUAAAUAACGGAUCUUUGAUGGAAUAACAGAAAAAAAAAUCCUAGAUCGGAGAGCUGCGAAGCCUGGGGAUCUCUCGUUCUUCUUCUCUGAUCAUCGAAUUAUUUUUACCAGAAGUGAUUAGGUUUCUCCAUUUAUAUAAGCCCUCACACUUGCGAUUCUCUCGCAGUCAAUCUCUCAAUCUAGGGUUUCGCGGGUUCGCCUCUGAGUUUGGUCUGUGAUCGCGUGAGAGAGGAUGUCACGGUGUUACCCGUUCCCUCCACCUGGCUUUGUACCGAACCAAGUUCGGGACGAGUCUCUGAUCGAACCGAUCAAAAAGGGGACAAAGGAGGAAGUUAAGAGAGAAAAGAAAGAUAGAAAACACAACAAGGAUAAAAAGAGGAAAGAGAGGGAUAACGACGCUGGCCGAAGCAGUAAACACCAUAAGAGACAGAGCAAAGAUGAAAACGCCAAUGCUAGUAGUAAGAAGGUUGAGUCCCUGGAGAAGAGCUGCCUUACGAUAGAACUUGACCAUCAAGCGUCUUCUCAGACUUCUUGUGAUAGCACUCUUCGUAGCAAUGAGAAUGACAAGAGUCAGCCCCUCAACGGUAGGCAUAACGACUCUGGUGAGUUUGUUUGUUUACUUGUUGCUGGGUCUGUUUUGCUUCACGUGCUUGCCACCACGAUGAUGACUCUCUUUCUUCGAAUUGUUGCUAUGGGUUUUGAAGAAACUAGCACACGGGUCUUGUUACAUGACAAAGGGCAGAAAUAUCCUGAGGUGAUGAUGACCAACAAGGGUCAAAAACAGUGUUCGGCCUCUAGUCAUCAAGAAAUUAUUGGACCUUCAAAGCUCUGCAGCAAAUGCCCUCCUUCCACGGCCAUGCGAUUCUUGAAACUCAUCGAGAACUGGGCUCCUGAUCGGUUUGAGAGUAAGCUCGCAGACUCUGAAGAUCAAGAAGGAUGGUUGUUGAUGAAAGUUGGCGCCAAAAGACAUCAUCAAGUUAGCGUUCAGACAAGCAGCAAGGGAAGUAGUUCGAUGGUGUGGCCAACUGCUCAGAUUCUUCCAGAAGCCGAACUACACGCAUUGCCAUUCACUGUACCCUUCUGAUUUCCCCAAAGCUUUGUUUCCCUAUGUAUUUUAGAUUAGCAUUUUGAACUCGGAGGUAUAUGUGUGAUUAUUUGUAGAUGCACUAUAAAUAUAUAUAGUAAGUAAUAGGGCAAUUGUCAAUAAUAGCACCUUUUGAAGUUUA